ACUACAUUGAUGAAUGCUUUCAACACAAAUAUUAUGCUAUUGAUAAUUUUUAGUUUUGAGAUUGUGAAUCUGGAAAAAUGACGUCUCUGAGCAAAUAAAAUUACGAAAUGAAAAGAAGACCCGUCAAACGGUAACAUAGAACUGAACAAAUACCCACCGAUAAAAAAUUUGCUUGCAAGGAAAUAAAUGUUUCUGGGCCUCUUUUGCACUUGAAAUUUUCCUCGUUGCGGCGUGAAAUAGACCCACUGGAUCAAUAGCCCAGAUUCUGUGAGUGGAGUUGUCAAGCAAUAGAAGACCAUGGUGGAAGCAUGCGGACACGUCCGACCCGCCGAGGACAGCUAGUGAUCCUCCACCCAGCGAUGAAAGUCAAGAAACAAAACAAAGUUGUGGAGAGACAACUGGAGAAUACACUCCAUUUUAUUGAACAGAAAUGUCAUUUCCAAGCGGAGAAGCUAGAUAAAUCUAUCAAAAGUGUACAAAGACAGCUAGAAAAUAUUGAGAGUGACAGGAGAAAGGGCGGAAUUCCGGGUAGAUCACUGGACGAUAUGUAUGGACGGUUUGCAAUUACACCCGAAUCGGCGCAAAAACGCCGAAGGCGCCGCGCUGUGUCUUGUGAAAUAGGAACUCCAAAACGAAAGCAUCACUGUUCACAUUUCCCUUGCGAAAUGCCACAAACCUACCAUUCUAUAGGAUUCAGAUUUCAACCUGAAGAUACUGAAUGGAAACCAUGGAAAAAAAUAAGGAAUGACUUAAGUGACGAAACACAAAUUGUCCUUGAAAAUUCAGCUCUUAUGAAUACUGGCAUAUCUCGUCUUAGAGCCGAGAGACGAGCCGAUAUGUUAAAAUUAGAGAUGGAGAAGAGGAGAAGAAAAAUGGAAGAAGGGAGACCCCCAGCGUGGGAGACAAACUACGGAAAACCGACGCCCAUCCGAAGGUUAAAGUACCCGGUCCGCCUUGAACCCUUGGACUAACCUUCUCUAAGGCCGAUGUCCGUCAUUUCCUCGAGUAAGAAUGUUGUGUUUCUAACUGAAAUAGGAUUAAAUCAAACUCUAAUGACUCGAGACUGUUUACUGUCAUAUUGUGCCAAAAUAAAGACUUACACGAAACGACCGUGAACAGGUAUUGAUUAAGUAAUAAUAAGUACCUGCCUUGUAUAGAGAGGAAAGGUAUUGAUCCCUUCAUUAUGUUGGCCGAUCCUGUAAUUAAGAAAUUGGCCGGGUUUAAAAUUGAUUGUAAUCAAUUGUCAAAAAGAUUGCAUAAUGCCUAAUGAAACUAAUGUUGGGAUGGAGAAUAAGCAAAUACUUUAUAUGACGCAUAAUAAGAGACAAUUUUUUAAAGAAGUUUCUGAGAUUUUGACAAUUGUUAUAAACUGUUCACUUUAUUCAAUGAGCCUUGAUACGCAAACCCAUUCCAAGGAACAUCGUCUUUCUUGUUAUAGUUGACCACAUUGUUUUCGAUGUAGUGUACACAUUUGAGCAUUCUUUCUUCAUGUAAUUCUUGAAAUUAAAACACUUGAAGUAGAAUGUGCAUGUUUAUUUGAGACACAUUUUAAGGUGAUAAU